GGAGCAGCGCUGAAUCGAUACAGCUCUCUGGAUUUUACGCAAUUUCUCAAAAUUAUAUCUCCAGGAAUACCUCUAAGACCUAGUGCUUCAGAAGACGGGGAUCACCGGACUCAAUUCGGUGAACCUACGCCGACCCCGGGCCGAUCGGAUCGACUACAAACUGCUUCAGAUUUCCACAAUUCCAGAAGCAGACAGAAGAUAUCGCUGGCAUCCAUGUUGACAAGAACUAGGCUCGCCCGGUCUCACAGUCAGCUGGCGUCGCUUGUGCUCUAACAUUGUCUGGGUUGAAUUGAGAAUAACUAAACGAAUAGUUGUGUGUGUAUUUACUCAAAUCUCCGUGAAGGAUUACUUUGGAUGGUAACGAAUGCGUUUUUUUUGUGGAGAAUCUACUUAAAAAAUAAAAUCCGUUUGUGUGUGGUAUCUAACGAACGCGAGAUGAAAUUCUUGUGCAUUGGAGUGUCAUAUGAAGAUAGUGUUUUCGUUGGAUUCCACCGUAAAUCUUGACGCUUUGUGUGUUGGUCGAGGAAAAUGAUUCGAUGUUUUUAUUGCUGUGAUUAGAUAUAUCAUUUUACUUAUCCUUUUCUUAAAGUUGAAUUUUUGAACCAUGCGAAGAUCCUGACGUCAAAAACUGCAUCUCGGCAGUGGAGGAUUGGCAUGGCUUGCGGCGUGUCUGUGUUUUGAAGUUCGUGGAUAAAAUCGAUCGACGUCUAUCUCGAGCUUCUGGCCUAAACUGCAAUUUCCAAUACCCUAUCAAUUAAGUCCUGCGGGUUAUUUUUGUAUAAAUAUUGUAUUCCAUAUUUGUCUGUAUCGAAACUGUUUUGAAAUGUGAGAUGUGUAGUUUGUCGGUACUAAACAAAAUGUCGCAACUUCUUGAUGUGUGAUACGAGUGAACUUGAUAACACAGGAAGACAAGGACGGCCCCCCAUGAACAAGCCGGACAUUCCUGUUACUGGUGGCCAGCUGAUUGACUGGGCCAAGGAACAACAGCAGCUGCUAUAUCUGGACAACGCACGCGGGGAACUUGGUUCAAACCAGAAGUCAGCCAUGUAUGGACAACUUGUGACCCAGGAUCAGCUUGCUGGCAUGGCUCCUGCUGCUCAGGAUCCAGAUGCAGAUUUGGCCGUUUUAGAAGCUCGAAUCCCAGGAAAAUACCGAGACCCAAGCCAUGCACCUCUCAGAAAACUUAGUGUUGAUCUCAUCAAAACAUAUAAACAUAUUAAUGAGGUAUAUUAUGCAAAAAAGAAACGACGUGCUCAGCAGUCUCAGAGAGAAGAUUCUACAAAUAAAAAAGAGAAAAAGGUUUACAAUGAUGGUUACGAUGAUGAAAAUCAUGACUAUAUUAUUAGGAAUGGAGAACUUAUAGAACGUUAUUCAAUAGACUGUCUCAUCGGGAAAGGAUCUUUUGGACAGGUAGUGAAAGCUUAUGAUCCUGAGGAACAGUGUCAUGUAGCUAUAAAAAUUAUUAAAAAUAAGAAGCCAUUUCUUAAUCAAGCUCAAAUAGAAGUGAAAUUAUUAGAAUUAAUGAACAAUGAAGAAGUUACUGAUCCCUAUUAUCAAAUGGGAAAGGAAAAAAUUGUGCAACUAAAGAGACAUUUUAUGUGGAAAAAUCAUUUGUGUUUAGUUUUUGAACUUCUUUCACACAACUUGUAUGACCUCUUGAGGAAUACUAAAUUCCGUGGUGUUUCUCUAAAUCUGACCAGAAAAUUUGCUCAGCAAAUGUGCACAGCACUCUUGUUCCUUUCACACCCAGAUCUCAAAAUUAUUCAUUGUGAUUUAAAGCCAGAAAAUAUUCUUCUCUGUAAUCCAAAACGAAGUGCAAUCAAGGUAGUUGACUUUGGAAGCUCUUGUCAACUGGGACAGAGAAUUUAUCAGUACAUUCAAAGCAGGUUUUAUCGAUCACCUGAAGUACUUCUAGGCAUUCCAUAUGAUAUGGCCAUUGAUAUCUGGAGCUUGGGAUGCAUUUUAGUUGAAAUGCAUACAGGUCAGCCUCUUUUCAAUGGAGAUAAUGAGGUGGAUCAAAUGAACAAAAUUAUUGAAGUCAUAGCAAUGCCUCCAAAACAAAUCUUGGAACAAGGUCAUAAAACUAGGAAAUACUUUGAAAAAAUUGUUAAUGGUUCUUAUGUGAUAAAGAAAUUAAAGGAUGGGGAUAAGUACCGUCCUCCUGGUACUCGUAAGUUGCAUGAAAUCCUGGGAGUUGAAUCUGGAGGACCAGGUGGACGCCGACAUGGGGAACCUGGCCACAGCGUUUCUGAUUACCUGAAAUUUAAGGACCUGAUCCUGCGUAUGUUGGAUUAUGAUCCAAAAACACGCAUCACCCCCUACCAUGCCCUGCAGCACAGCUUCUUCAAGAGGACAGCUGAUGGCAGUACAAAUACUCUGCAUAGCACUGUUCUCAGUCCACCAAUGCUAGAGGCACCUGAUCCUGAAUCUCAGGAGGACACAGACAGGAAGACUGGUGAUCGACAAAAGAAGGAUGAUGGGGCGCAUUUCCAAGCAUCGUGUUCAACCUUUGGACCUACAGAUGCCAAAGCAUUCAGUGUUGGGGAUCCUACCCUUGUCAGUCCCAUGCACCAGCACCAAAGCAGUUGCACGCAGACAAAUGUCUUCAGCGCACCUGCAGGAAGCUCGGCCAUGGACUGUGAAAGCCCUGGUGGCAGCAGCUCAUGCUUCCUGCCCAAUGGCAAUCGCUGCCUCCACAAGAACCACCUGUUUUACUCAAGUGGCGCCUUCAGUUCUGCAGCAGUGUCAUCACGCCAGAUGCUUGACAGCAGUCUCCCAGCAGACGAAACCUCAGGACACAACUUUGAGUACUCGAAGAACGUUCACUUUUUGCAGGCGGCAAAGGACACCGAGCGAGACGUCCGUGCUUAUCAGCCCCCGUCUUCCUCUUUUUCUAGGACUUCCGUGUCUUCCGAACUCACUCCUAUGGACACGUCCAUAUUCGCUGUUCCGCAGGCACUGGACUGCUCAUUGAGUGUACAGCUCGCUGGUAGUCAUCAUCCGUUUUCAUAUGUAGACCCCGUGUUUAGUGAGACUAACAUUUACGUGAACACUCAUGCCGCAUCCCUCGGGAAAGCUUCUACGGCGUCUUCGUCGUCUCAGCCUUCAGUACAACUGUCGUCGCAGAAAGAAAGGCAAGAGGAAGAGGCUUCCGCAGAGACCUACUCGAACCCGAGCUCACUCAUUACUCAUUAAUAGUGGAUCCUUCAUUUAGUUGUGCAUGGCGCGGUUCGUACGCUCCUUGGGAGUUCAAAUGUCCUGAAGGAUAAAAGUGGUUAUGUACUUGUUAAUUUCUGCAUUAGUUUAAUUACAGAUGCUUUCCAAAUUUGUUGUUGGAAUCAUUGGAUAGAUGAGCAGUCACUUCAUAUCGGUGGUUACUGUCAAAAAUAAAAUGUUGGAAGAAAAAAAACGUAUGUGAGCACUGAUAAGAUUUUUAAAAAGUUAUUCUCAGAGUGAACAAAAAAGUCAUAAGUAAAAUUUAAUUAUUAAGAAUUUUACUGUCAACUAAAAUGAGUGUAUUAUCUGUUUGAAAAAUAAUUUUAAUUUAGUUAAAAUUAAAGAAUUUCUUUAUUCAUAUAAUAUGAUUAUUUGCAUGGCAAAUAAUUCAUUUUUUCUUUUUCUUUAAAACUAUUGCUAAAAGUUAUUUUAUUUUGUGUAACUGACAUCAUUUUUAGAAAAUGUAUCAGUCAUCAUAUCUCCAAGGUAUAGGUUCCAUGCAAUGUGUUAUAUAAUUCCAUGCUGUCUUUUUAAAAAUGUUUGAACUACUGCUUGAAAAGCUGAGAAGCGUAUGAACCAUGGCAUGGCUUUUUUUAAUUACAUUUUUGAGAUUGGAAUGGCUAAGUGAAGCAAAGAGUGAUAGCUUGUAUGUGUGUAAAUUAUUGAACGUAUGUAUAAAUCAUAUAAAAGUUGUCAUCUGUUUUCUUUUUUAUGUUCAAUUCAAAAAAAUUUCCGAGGGCAGCAGAUUUUGCUUCAAGCCUGUUCAUAUUUUUAAAAGAAAAAUCAACUGCGGAAUUUUGCAGCUGUUGUAAGAGGUCUUUCAGAUAGGCUGAAAGCAAAAUGCUGUUGUAAUGUAUAAUGCAUUUUUAUCUAAAGUGUAUGCCAGAAGUUUAAAAAGUUUCCUGUUUGGCAAGGAAUUGAUUAAAAAAAAAUCAUAGAUUCUAUAUCUGUUUAUUGCUUAUUGAGAAAAAUUAGAAUAUUAUUGCAAAAGCUGAAAUCAAACUUCUGUUGUAUAUAUUGUAUUUAAGAUAUUCGUUUUCUGUGUGUGUGCUUUAGCCUUCACUGUUUAUUAAUGAUGCCAACAUUUACGGAGUAAUGUGGUUAUGAUCCAGAAGUAAAGUUAUGAUAAUUUAUGUAAAUAUUGUACAAUUGUAUAUAUAACAAUCAUAAGAUGAAUGUGCAUUUACGUGCUGCCAGACACAUUAAAAAUUUAUUUAAAACUCAUUUGUUGUGGAAUUUUUUUUCACAUCAUAAAUAUGGAUUUGAAGGCAUCUGGACUUCAGCUAAUGUUACCUUCACCAUUGCAUUUAUCUGCUCUUCUUUAUAUUUUAAUUUUCUUGUGAUUUCUGAAUAAUCAUGGCAUCAGUGAGAAGGUACAUUUUGUGACUAAGAAGAAUCAUUUUGAUUGUUCUUUUAAAGUUUUUAAGCUGUUUACAAUAAAUCUUUAUAACCAGAAACAAGCACUGUAAGUCGUUCUUUAUCUUAAGAAGUUAUUGCUACUUUCAGUUAAUGGUUUUGAUGUACAAGAUAAUAUUCUGAUUUUACUUUGUUAUCAUAUAUUAGGUAAAUAUUCACUGGCAUACACAAUGAUAUAAAAAUGCUUUUAGCCGCAUUGUAGGUAAUAUUAUAAAUUUACUGUUUAAAUUGAAAAGUUUCUUUUUUCAGAUAAGUUCUACAAAUAUUUCUGCAACAAUAGAUGUGCUGAUAGGUUUCAAAUGUAGAACUCAAGAACAUUCACUGUAUUGGUAGAAAUGCGUAGUUUGGUUGCGGAAAAGUGAAAAUGCCUCUCUAAGUAAAGAAACCAAUUAUGUACUUCAUGUAGUUGGCUAGAUAAAAUUAAAGGAAAAACUUUUAACAAAUUUUGAUAUUUUUUGUUUUUAAGUAUAUUUUAAGAAGUAUGCAUAUACCACCACAUCUGUGAUGAUAGUAUGGGAAGUCAUGAUUUUAAAUUGCUAGUUGCUGAUGAACAUUCUUCUAAAACUACCUUUAAUUUAUAUGUCAAAUUAUGGUAUUUAGUAUUAUUUACUGCAUCUUCAUGUAUAGAUGUUUUUGAGGGGGGUAUUUUAUAUAUUUUUUAUACUCAUAAUUUUCACAGUUUUGCCAAACUAAAAUCUGUGAUGAUUUGGUUGUCAGAAAAUGAAAUAUUUCAUCUGAUAAAUUUUUACAUCAAAAAAAUAAAAAAGAACCUUAAAAUGUAUUUUUGAAAUCAUGAAUGUCAAAAUGUUUGAUAAUUUUCACUCUUAUUUAUUUUUAUCUCACUUAUUUAUUUAUGUAUUUAUUUGUCUUAUACAUUUAUGUAUAUAUUUCUGCAUAUGUUUCAUUAAAGCAUGUUGCUUUUUUUCCCCUACUGAAUUUAACUUGCAUUUUGUAAAUAACAGAAGUGCAUUCAUUAAUAAAUCAGUAUUCUAAUU